AUGACAGACUCGAAGUGGCAGGGUUCAGAUGACGUUGGUGAUGUCAACGACAAUGUUGAUCUCAAUGCAGACAACGAUCAUGACGAUGGCAAUGUCGACACUGUUUAUUUUGAUGCAGACAAUGAUUAUGAUAUCUCAGACCUUCUGGCGACGAUCAAAUACCCUGGGCAUUCGCGUCCGACCACUAAUUACUAUGAAAUUGCCAAGUUUGGCCUUCCUGACUUACGACCAGCCAUUGCCGACUUUCUUCAUCGUGAGGCUACUCACGGGAGGGAUCAUGUCCAUACUAUUGGGGGGGCUAGAAGAGCUGGACCCACCACUCCACUUCCCUUCGACAAACUACAAGUCUGGUUUAAGCUUCGGCUCCAGGACACUGAUUUCCACGAUAUUAGCAUCAUACGGCCUGCACAGACCCUCAACUGCGCACCCCCUUCUGAUCCCCGGACCUCUGGCCGGUAUGAUAUGGCCACCAUCAACAACGAGGCGAGAUGUGUAUGGCCCACAGAUGGUCUUCACGGUCAUACUAUUGGUCAGAUCAGGCUUCUCAUGCGUCCUGUUGGAAAGAGUGGCACAAAUUGGUCAUGGAAGGACCGCUUUCUGGUAUAUGUACAUCGCUUUGACAUUGUUCCCCAAAGCUCCGGUACCAAUGAUCGUGAGCCAAGUACGCAGCUCCACUUGCUCAAACGAGCGAAGCAUUCAAAUGGUACUCAGUUUUUGGCUCAACAAGUAUUGGGAUAA